AUUUUCCUAUAAAUCUAGUCAAAUAAGACGGAAAAAAGCUUAUAAAAUGAAUGAACAUGUAUUUCCUGAGGUGGAACAUAUAUACAUUUCGUCUUUAAGCAUAAAAGAUGACCAAAUUGCUGAGGAAUCUGAUGAUCAAGUUAUUACUCCAUGGAAGGUUAAGGGAAGAGUUGUAGACGGUAGAAUGGAAGGAAUUGACUAUGACCGACUUAUAGAGAAGUUUGGGACGAGAUAUUUGGAUGAAGGGAUUUUAGAGAGAUUUGAGAGAUUAAUAGGACAAAAACUACAUGUUUUCAUCAGGAGAGGGAUUGUAUUUUCUCAUCGUGAUUUUUCUAAUAUUCUUGAUCAUUAUGAGAGAAAGAAGCCAUUUUAUAUAUAUACGGGAAGAGGACCAAGUAGUUCAAGUAUGCAUUUAGGACAUAUGAUUCCAUUUUUGUUUUGCAAAUGGCUUCAAAGUGUGUUUGAUGUUCCUGUAGUUAUACAGCUUACAGAUGACGAGAAGUAUCUUUUUAAGAAGGAGCUAAAAUUGGAAGAUAUACGUGAAUUUGCUAGGAAAAAUGCAAAGGAUAUUAUUGCAUGUGGGUUUGAUCCAGAAAAAACAUUGAUAUUUCUUGAUACAGAAUUUGUUUCUGGUUCUUUUUAUGAAAAUGUUGUUAAAGUUUCAAAAUAUAUAACAUAUAGUAAAUGUAAGGCAACAUUUGGGUUUAAGGAAGAGGAUUCUAUUGGAAAAUAUCACUUUGUUUCUGUCCAGGCUGCACCUAGUUUUUCUAGUUCAUUUCCCAGCAUUUUUGGUAAUAGGACAGAUAUUCCAUGUUUAAUUCCUAUGGCAAUUGAUCAAGAUCCGUAUUUCCGUCUUACAAGAGAUGUUGCAGAAAAAAUUGGUUAUUUGAAACCAUCUUUGAUACAUACUAGAUUUUUUCCUGCACUUCAGGGUCAUGGCACGAAAAUGAGUGCAUCAGAUGAAAAUACAGCUAUUUAUCUCUCUGAUACACCAUCUCAAAUUAAAAAUAAGAUUAAUAAACAUGCCUUUUCAGGCGGAGGAGCAACACUAGAAGAACAUAGAUUACGAGGUGCUAAUACAGACGUUGAUGUAUCAUUUACUUAUCUUAAGUAUUUUUUGGAAGAUGAUAAUCAACUUGAACAAAUAAGAAAAGAUUAUUCUUCAGGAAAAAUUCUUACAGGAGAAUGUAAAGCAAUUGCAAUUGAUGUUUUACAAAAAUUUGUUGCUGAUUUUCAAGAGAAACUUCAAUUGGUUACUGAUGAUACUCUUUCUCUCUUUUUAGAUCCAAAUAAAAAACAAAAAUACAUAUAAUUCUAGAUUAAACGAUUUAAAAAUAUAUUAAAUUUUUACCUUU